AUGCCGAAGCCGACGCUGCUGCUGCGCGGGGGCUGGGAGCGCGAGCGCAGCCCCGGGGACUCGGAGCUGGGCCGCCAGUUCCGGGACUGGUGCCUGCGCACCUACGGCGACUCGGCCAAAACCAAGACGGUGACACGCAGCAAAUACCAGCGGAUCGCCGAGGUCCUGCAGGGCGGCGGCGGGACCGGCGCGGGCAGCGGCCCGGCGGCCGGCGAGAAAGGCAAGUUCCAGUUCUGGGUGCGCUCCAAGGGCUUCCGCCUGGGCAGCGGCCGGGAACCCAAGAUGGGCCAAGUGGUGUAUGUGCCGGUCAAGACGGGCUCGGGGGCAGAUGGCCUGUCGGAGCCGGAGGGCAUCUCUCUGAAGCGGGUCGCUGUGGUGGAAGAUUUCUUUGACAUCAUCUACUCGAUGCAUGUGGAGAGCUCAGCGGAGCCAGGCAAAGCCCCCAAGCACGCCGGGCAGAAGAAAACCUACCGAGCGAUUGCGGAGACCUAUGCCUUCCUUCCGCGAGAAGCCGUGACUCGGUUCCUGAUGAGCUGCACAGAGUGUCAGAAGAGGAUGCACUUUAAUUCCAACGGCCUGGAGCCCAAAGAAAAUGAACCUCCCUCCCCCCUGGUCUCUGGGAUCAUCGAUUACAACAUGCCCCUUACCUCCACGUACCUGAAGCAGAUGAAGCUGCGAGUGAUGAACUCCCAGGAACAGGAUGAAACUUCUGUGAGCAGUGAGGAUUUUGAUAUGAACGACUCCACAUGGAUGUCAGCUGACCCACACCUGGCCUCCAGCCUGAGUCCCAGCCAGGACGAGAGGAUGCGAAGCCCUCAGAACCUCCACAGCCAAGAGGACGAUGACUCCUCCUCUGAGAGUGGCAGCGGCAAUGGCUCCUCCACCCUGAACCCGUCCACAUCGAGCAGCACGCAGGGCGACCCCGCCUUCCCCGAGAUGAAUGGCAACGGCGCCGUGGCCCCCAUGGACUUCACCGCCACCUCUGAAGAUCAGCCCAUCAACCUGUGUGACAAGCUCCCGCCGGGCACGGCACUCGGCACACCCUCCUACCCCUCAGACGGCUGUGGCACCGAUGGCCUGCGGAGCCGCGUCAAGUACGGGGUGAAGACCACCCCUGAGUCACCCCCUUAUAGCUCCGGGAGCUAUGAUUCCAUCAAGACUGAGGUCAGCGGCUGCCCCGAGGACCUGACGGUGGGCCGGGCCCCCACAGCAGAUGACGACGAUGAUGACCAUGACGACCAUGAAGACAACGAUAAGAUGAACGACUCUGAGGGCAUGGACCCUGAGCGCCUCAAGGCCUUCAAUAUGUUUGUACGUCUCUUCGUGGACGAGAACCUGGACCGCAUGGUGCCCAUCUCCAAGCAGCCCAAGGAGAAGAUCCAGGCCAUCAUCGAGUCCUGCAGCCGGCAGUUCCCCGAGUUCCAGGAGCGGGCCCGCAAGCGCAUCCGCACAUACCUCAAGUCCUGCCGGCGCAUGAAGAAGAACGGCAUGGAGAUGACGAGACCCACACCUCCCCACCUGACCUCGGCCAUGGCAGAGAACAUCCUGGCAGCGGCCUGCGAGAGCGAGACGAGAAAAGCAGCCAAAAGGAUGCGCCUGGAGAUCUACCAGUCUUCCCAGGACGAGCCUAUUGCCCUGGACAAGCAGCACUCCCGGGACUCUGCCAUCACCCACUCCACCUACUCACUGCCAGCCUCCUCCUACUCCCAGGACCCCGUGUAUGUCAACGGCGGCCUCAACUACAGUUACCGCGGCUACGGGGCCUUGGGCAGCAACCUGCAGCCCCCCGCCUCCCUCCAAACAGGAAAUCACAGUAACGGGCCCACCGACCUCAGCAUGAAAGGCGGGGCCGCCACCGCCUCCAGCACGCCCACGCCCACGCCCUCCAGCAACAGCACCAGCAGGACCAUGCCCGCCGCCCAGCUCAGCCCCACGGAGAUCAGCGCUGUGCGGCAGCUCAUCGCCGGCUACCGAGAGUCUGCCGCCUUCCUGCUGCGCUCCGCGGACGAACUGGAAAACCUCAUUUUACAGCAGAACUGACCCCGCGGCACCUGGAGUGUACUACCCUCGGGAAGGAGGCUGUCCCGGCCUGGCUUCCUGCCUCACCACUUGGUACAUUUUGUUUUCUGAAAGAGGUGGGAUCCAAAAGAGCGGUUUCUAGCCACACGCCAAGCACCUGCGACUUUGGGCACAAGGACACUUUUUUUUUUGGAAUCUCACCACACGGGUGCUCUGACCUGCUUGGAAGAGGCCAACGGGGCAGCUUUGGAAGGGCUGGGGCUCCCCUGACAAGGCGCUGGGGACACAGCUCUAUUUAGAAUCAUCUUCGUGGACCCUGAUGUUAGAAUCCCACCCCCAGAUAAUUACCUUUCAGGUCUUAGGUGAGCAGAAUUGCAUAUUUAUUGAGAAAAACAAAGUGGACCCUUUCUUCCUCUCCCCUUAGUAAUUUAUUUUUCUGAAAAUGGAUUCUUUUGUGUUUGUACAGAUUGCCAGUCUGUGUCUGUCUGAUCAGAAGGAUGUAUCCCUGUGACCUAACAUUCCAUAUCACUACACUGACGCGGGCUGGGGGCCGGCAGGGCGGGGUGAGGCGGGGCGGGCACCUGGCUGGCUGUCCCUUUGAGCACCCAGCACCGCCAAGCCGGAGGACCUCACCCACACCCAAUGCAAAGCAAAGACAAAAAUGGCUCCCCCACCCCCAUUCCACAGAAGCCCCAGUCACACGGUCACCUGUGUUCUACCUCACACUCCAGCAUGGGCUUGUUCCAGGAUGUGCCCCAAGCCUGUCCUGAACGGCUACCUAUCUCCCAACUCCCCCCCGCGGUGCGUCCGCCUGGGAGGUAAGUUCCGAGGGGUGGCCAAGAGCUAGGGCCCAGGGAGGGCUUCGACCCUCACGGCCGCCCUGCCCCGGCCCUCCCGGCUGCUUGACAGAAGGCGUGCAGGGGGCCGGCUGUUGGCAGGGCUCACAACCCCGGGCCCUCCUCCGCCCCCAGGGAGCCAGGGCCGAACCCUUCUGCACACAGGCCCCGGGCCCUCCAACACCCACCGGGAAGGACCUGUUUCUUCAGGGCGAGCCCUCAGCUGUCAGGCAGCCACCAAACAGGGAAAGCGGCUGCGAGCCCCUGGUUGGACUUGCGGCUCCUGCCCUCUGCCCCUGGGUUGGGGGUAAAGGGACCACCCCUACAAGUGGGGAAGCCACUUGGGUUCUCCCAGGACGCACCCUUCUGGAGGGGCGCAUCCUGGGAGAAACCUAAAUCCCUGGAGUGUGAAAAAAGGACAAAAAGAAAAGGCUGGCCCGGUCUCCGUCCUCCCCAGUAGGCACUUCUUCUUGCUCAGUGCAAUACCUACCAGUGCUGCUAAAACCAGGGACUCACCCAGACCUCAGAAGGCCCGAGGGGCCUCUCCAUGCAACACUCCGUAGCCAUGACAGCAGCUCUCCGCUGCCUGCCCCUGCCCAGAGCUGGCAGAAGCCCUCUGUUGCCUUUCCUCCCUCAGAGCAAAGAGGCCCCAGGGGAGCCGGGGCUGCGUGGACCCUAGGACCGCCACCGAGAGCCACUCGGCCCCAGAGCAGGUGCCCCUUCCCAGUCCAGCUUUCUGCAGCCGACUGCUCCCGGCACUACUGGCAGACCACCACCGUCAGGAGGGCCGGGGAGGGGCCCGGCACGGGUGCCCCGAGCCGCCUCGGAUCCGGGCCCGAGCUGCGGGCCUUGGAGCCAGAGCCCUGAAAGGUAGGGUGCCCCGCGCCUUGCUUACUUCCAGCCCCCAGUAGUUCAGGGUGGUCUUCUCUCUCUCAAGUGGCCUCCGGCGCCCCACCCAGCCACACCACCUCUGCCUUCCAUCUGACCAGUCCCCAGGCCUCCGGUCAGGACCAGGACACCAGAGCGAGACUCCCCCUUAGCACAGCACGAGCUCCAGCGCCCGAGGCCCGUCCCCCGACCCAGCCAUCCACAGUCCGGGCCCCCCUCUCCCCCUGCUCAGUGCUCUUCCCCUUUCAAUUGGUGUAAAUAUUUAUUUUUGUGAGUGAACAAUACUACAAAGUAAUCAGCAGGUCUUUUGCAAAAUGGUACCCCAGGCAAUUUGUGAAAAUCUUAAUGUUAAAAACUGGCAGAGACAAUCGCCGCCUUAGAAUUCUUGAUACCAACUGCUUGUCAUUUCCCCUCCCGGAGGCAGGACCCCAGCCAGGCACCGGGCUUUUCUCAUGGAGGACGGGAGAGAGGAAGGCUGGGAGGGGCCGCCGCCCACACACAAGGGAUUAGAUCGAAAGAUCAGCGUAAGCUUGAGUCCGGCUUCCCUCAGCUGCCCACCUCGGCCCGCCUCAGCCCUGGGCAAGAGCGCAGGCGCGAGCGGAAGCCCCUCCGGGACAGCCGAUUCUGUCACGGUGACCUCACUGCUUGGGUGGGCUCCUCCGUGACGCUAGGCCUGAAGCCCUGGUGACGGCAGGAUCAGGAGCAAGUCGCUGUGUGGAAACAGGACUCCGUUAGCUAGUUCAGUCAGGGACCUUGUUCUGUUUUGCGUUUUUUUUCAAAGAUGCAGCUUCAACCCCUCCCCACAGUCCUGCCCUGGAGGGCACCAAAGAGCAGGUCCGGCCGGAUCUAGCUCACCGCCAUCCCCCCACCCCGCACCCGCACCCCCACCCCCACCCCAGGGACUGCCUUCUCCCACAGGGAGUUUCCCUGCCCGCAGCCGUGUGAAUUCUGACUUCUGACGGAGGACGGAGGGCCUCAGGGCACAUAUCCAUCACGGGGGGUGGGGGGGGGAACCCUAAACCUGAAGGUAACUCGAGUCAGAAUAUACCAAUCCCAGCAGAAGGGUAGAAUCAGGAGGAAUGGGAAUCUGGUCUUAGAGGCGGAUCAGCCAGUAGACCAGUAAUGGUGUGAGCCAUCUGACAUUCAUGUCACCAUCACCUCCAGGACAGGUUAUACCCAAGGACAGUGUUGUGGGGGAGGGGGACACAGGGGGCGAGCAGGGUUUUCAAGGAUUUCAAACAGGUGGCACCCGGCCAUCCCUAUUCCCAAGGGCCGCUUCCGACUCCAGGGGUGGUUACAGGAUUAACUACCAGUUCAUUUUCAAAAUGCUGCUUUGAACUCAGAGGGUUGAUACUUUUAAUUUGUAAUUUUUUGUAAAACUUUUUACAAGAUAGUAAAGUAUUUCACCAGAAUACCAGUUUCAA